CAUGGCAAAGGAUAAAUAGGGCGAAAUAGAUGUAGAUAACAUUAUUGAAAGAUUACUAAGUGUGAGAGGUAGUAAACCUGGAAAAAAUGUGAAUUUGACUGAAUCUGAAGUUCGUGGUCUUUGUGUUAAGGCUAGAGAUAUCUUCAUCAGCUAACCAAUUUUAUUAGAAUUAGAAGCCCCUCUCAAAAUUUGUGGUGCUAUAUUUUAUUUAAUUUAAUUUUAGGCGAUGUUCAUGGAUAGUAUUUUGAUCUUUUGAGAUUAUUCGAAUAUGGUGGUUAUCCUCCAGAAAGUAAUUAUCUAUUUUUGGGUGAUUAUGUGGAUAGAGGGAAAUAAUCAUUGGAAACUAUAUGUUUACUUUUAGCAUAUAAAAUCAAGUAUCCUGAAAAUUUCUUUCUUUUGAGAGGCAAUCAUGAAUGUGCAUCUAUCAAUCGUAUAUAUGGAUUUUAUGAUGAAUGUAAUUAAAUCAUACCUAUUAAUUUAUAGGUAAACGUAGAUAUACAAUAAAAUUAUGGAAGACUUUUACUGAUUGUUUUAAUUGUCUACCAGUUGCUGCAUUAAUUGAUGAAAAGAUUCUUUGUAUGCAUGGUGGAUUAUCUCCUGAACUUUCUAAUUUAGAGUAAAUCAGAAGAAUUAUGAGACCAACUGAUGUUCCUGACACUGGUCUCUUAUGUGAUCUACUUUGGUCAGAUCCAGAUAAAGAUGUAUAAGGUUGGGCAGAUAAUGAAAGAGGAGUAUCAUAUGUCUUUAGUUAAGAAAUUGUUUAAGUCUUUCUUAAAAAGCAUGAACUUGAUUUAAUUUGUAGAGCACAUCAAGUAUUUAUUAUUAUAUAUAUAAUUAUAUUAGGUUGUUGAAGAUGGUUAUGAAUUCUUUAGUAAACGAUAAUUGGUGACUCUCUUUUCAGCACCAAAUUAUUGUGGUGAAUUUGAUAAUGCAGGUAAUUAAUAUAAAUAAUGUAUUCAGGCUCUAUGAUGACUAUUGAUGAAUCAUUAAUGUGUUCAUUCUAAAUACUAAAACCAGCAGAAUAGGGUGCAUAAGGUGCUUCCUAAUAAAACAAACCUCCAAGUGCUAAGUUUGUUAACUGAU